AUGGACGACACAGAAAGUACAACUACAUCAGCCGACGAAAAUACAGGCAAUUUGUGUGACAAUCCUACAAGAGACACGUUAGCAGAAGGAUUAUUAGGGCUCCUGAAACCUACUGUAGACCAACUCGACGAUCGCGUUAGAGCUACGAGAAUCUCACAAUUGGAGUUGAAGCAACAGAUAGAUUCUUUAAAUGAAGAACUACUUAAAGUUAGAGAGGCUCUUAAUAAUCAUCCAGAUUUAGAUCCGUAUGUGAAGAAACUUAUAGCUUGUAAACACAAAGUCACUGUUGUACUUAAUGUUUUACAAGCAUCUCAAGAUAGAUUAAAUGAAAUAAGACGGAUGGUGAACAAAGAGAAAAGUGUAAGGAAAGUUGCCGAAACACCAUCAGAACCAGAACAGAGUACAAGCAGCGGUAUAACUGCUCAGGGUAGCAUUAACUAA